AUGCCUCUAAGAAAGGAGCUAACCCCUGGUAUGCGCGAUCGUAUCUGCGAGCUCUCGACUACACUUCAUUAUGGUCCUAAACGGAUACACACGCUAUAUCCUGAAUGGCCGAUUUCUACGAUUAAGAGUAUAAUUAAACGCGAGGCCUCUCGAGGAGCUAAAAACGAGUCAAGACCACGAUCCGGCCGGCCUCGUGCUCUUACAGAAGAGCAAAGGGAUCACAUCUACGAUGUUACGAAUCAUAUCAACCCCCAGAUCAAGAUGCGAGACCUCCUAUACUCUAUCGACGACGCUUGUAAAAAGCGGUCACUCCAAUACCUUUACCGGGAGAUGAAUAAGAGAAAAUGGAGGCAACGAAACCGACCUAAGAUUACACAAGCUUAUGCUGACGCUCGACUAGCCUGGGCUAUUGAGCACCAAACCUAUAGCCUAAUCGAUUGGCACAAGGUCUCCUGGUCAGAUGAGUGUACAAUUGAGAGAGGGAAAGGGGUUAAACUAGUGUGGACAUUUACUCGGCCUUGCGACCAGAUCCUUCUUAAGGAUAUACACCCAAUUCGAGGCUCUGGAAAGAGUGUUAGGAAGAUGCUUUGGGCAGCCUUUGGCUCAAAUCGUCGGACAGGAUUAAUACCUUUAGAUGGCGACCCAGAGGCUCCUCGAGGAGGGGUAACCUCGUGGGUUAUAAGGGAGGUAUAUCGAGCUUUUUUGCCAGAUAUUAUGGUUGAAGGAGGGGAGUUUAUGCACGAUAGGGCAGGUCCUCACCGGGGCCAUAUUGUUCUUGACUUUUUAAGGCAAUUAGAUAUUAAAGUAAUGAAAUGGCCCCCUUAUUCGCCAGACCUUAACCCAAUUGAGAACCUUUGGGCCUUAGUUAAGGCAGAGAUUUAUAGACUCUAUCCUGAGCUUGAAACAGCCCCUGAUACAGAGGCUACUCUUGAUCUACUUGUACAGGCAGCACAAGAGGCCUAG